UUAGCUAACCAUCAGGGACUAAAGCUGGAUUGUAAAAACUUCAGAGCUGAAUCACUCUACUUUCUUUCAGUUUUUUUUAAAUGUUCACGUUUACCAAAAAAUAGUUUCUGAAAACCCAGCCAGUACAGGAAAACAAGAAUCUGCCCCAGUGAGAGGGGGAGCGCUGUGCUGGUGUCUCUGGAAAGGAGCUAUAGGUUGAAUCCCCCCCCCCCCUCCCCACAAACUCUUUGCAGGAGGUGUGGAGAUGGGGCUGGGAGCCGUGCUGCCCUGCUUGUGGACUUUAAUCUCCCUGGAAUUGCUGGCUCUGGUGGAGGGGACUGUGCCUCUGGAGGACUUCUACCCCUUCGGAGUCGAGCACGGAGACUCCAGCACAGGAAAGCAGGAUGAUGGGGGCUCUGGCCUGCUGGAGAUCUCGGUCAACUUCCCCUUCUUUGGGGACAGGCACUCAGGGCUCUAUGUGAACAACAAUGGUCUGGUCUCGUUCCUUCGCGAGGUGUCCCAGUUCACGCCAGUGGCGUUCCCCAUUGCAGGAGACCGGCGAGUCCUAGCACCUUUCUGGUCUGAUGUGGAUAACAGGCGUGCCGGGGAGGUGUACUACCGUGAGAGUAAGGACCCCGCCAUCCUGCAGAGGGCGACAGAGGACAUCCAGCGCUACUUCCCAGAGUUCCCUGAGUUCACCGCUACCUGGGUUCUGAUUGCCACCUGGCACAGAGUCACCUUCUUUGGGGGCAGCUCCUUCUCACCGGUGAACACGUUCCAGGGGGUGCUCAUCACAGAUGGGGAACUCUCCUUCACUAUUUUCCAGUACGAGCAGAUCACCUGGACCACCGGGAUGCACGCCAGCAGCGGGGGUGAUUUCGCUGGGCUGGGAGGGAUUGCUGCACAGGCAGGCUUCAACGCAGGAGACGGGAAGCGAUAUUUCAACAUCCCGGGCUCUCGUACCGAGGACAUCGUGGAUGUGGAGGAGACCACUAACGUGGGCAUCCCGGGGCGUUGGGUCUUCCGCAUCGAUGACGCCCUGGUGCUGAUGGGCGGCUGCAACGACUCGGGCUCUGUUUGCCUUAACCUGCGCCCCUGUCUGAACAAAGGCCGCUGCAUUGAUGACUGUAUCACUGGAAACCCCUCAUACACCUGCUCCUGUCCCUCUGGCUACACUGGCAAGAGGUGUCAGAUAGAUGUUAAUGAAUGCUCUACGUACCCCUGCCAGAAUGGUGGAUCAUGUAUCGAUGGACAAAACAACUUCACCUGUCUGUGCCUGCCUGGGUUUAGAGGACCCCUUUGUGGGAUAGAUGUUAAUGAAUGCUCUUCGCAACCCUGUCAGAAUGGUGGAACGUGCAUCGACGGACAAAACAGCUUCACCUGCCUGUGCCCACCCGGGUAUAAGGGACCUGUUUGUGAGAUAGAUGUUAAUGAAUGCUCUUCGCAACCCUGUCAGAAUGGUGGAACAUGCAUCGAUGGACAAAACAGCUUCACCUGCCUGUGCCCCCCCGGAUAUAAGGGACCUGUUUGUGAAAUAGAUAUGGAUGAAUGUGAAGGGAUUCUGUGUAGAAACGGAGGGAUGUGUGUGGAAGGAGUCGGUCAUUUCACUUGUGUGUGUGAACCUGGCUACACUGGAGAGACCUGUGAAACAGAGAUAAAGGAGUGUGACUCACAGCCGUGUUUAAAUGGAGGCCAGUGCAUUGACAGGGUGAACAACUAUACCUGCGUGUGUCCCGACUCCUUCACUGGGCAGCACUGUGAGACAGAGGUGAUCCCAUGCGAAGGCGAUGCUUGCCUGAAUCGACACACCUGUAACUACAUCCGACCGGGUCGUUACGUCUGUACAUGUUCACCUGGUUACUAUGGAAACAACUGUCAGUAUGAGGAAUUUGAAGCAUGCCCCCUGAAGCCCUGUCUGAAUGGAGGGUCCUGUUCCAGAGCCAACGGAACUGCAGUCUGUAUCUGUCCACCAGGAGUCAGUGGAGAGUACUGCGAGGAGGAGGGAUGCCUGUGCCAGAAUGGAGGCUCCUGUACAGGCAUCAACUCCACCUGUGAGUGUCCCUCACGGUUCACUGGAGAGUACUGCCAGUUUGAAAUCACUCAGACUCCCUGCAGCUUCAACAAGCCAUGCCCGGAUGGGGGACCCUGCAUGGAGUAUGGGGGGACCUACCUGUGCACCUGCCAGACUGAGGUGGUGGAGAGAGACAUACAGCCCUCCGUGUGUGACUCUGGGCCCUGUCUAAAUGGUGGCUUCUGUUCAGAGAGGGAUGGUGGCUAUAUCUGUGACUGCAAGCUGGGCUACAGGGGCAAGCACUGCGAGAAAGUCAGGCUGAGUAUCUGUGCUUCCAGUCCGUGUCGAAACGGAGGGUCGUGCCGCGAGGUGGCCGGCGGAUACCACUGCUCCUGUCCCUACAGGUUCACUGGAAGGCACUGCGAAAUCGGGAAGCCUGACCCCUGCUCGUCCAGCCCCUGUGGGAAUGGAGGGACGUGUUUCCACUACAUCGGGAAGUACAAGUGUGAGUGUGCUGGCGGAUUCACCGGGAGGCACUGUGAGAAUGCUCUGGACCCCUGUCUCUCAGCUCCCUGUAAGAAUGGAGGGAACUGCACCAAGCACAUUGGAGGGCCUUACCAGUGCCUGUGCCAGCCUGGUUACCAUGGAGAACACUGCGAGAGGGAGAUGGACUGCGGAGCCCCUGUGCAGGUGAAGCACGCCCAGGUUCAGUACACCUCCUCCCAGCCCGGCUCCAGCGCCCUGUACACCUGUCACCCCGGAUUCACCCCCGUCCCCAGAGAUACAGUCAGUGUCUGCGGGGGCCAGGGGUCCUGGAGCCAGCCCCCCGUGUGUGAAGAAAUCAACGAGUGUCUCUCCCAGCCCUGCUUGAACGGCGGGACGUGUAAAGAUCGAGUCGACACCUACCUGUGUGCUUGUGAGGAAGGAUUCACCGGACACAACUGUCAGACAGAGCUAGAUGAGUGCCUCUCGGAGCCCUGUAAGCACGGAGGGAGCUGCGUGGACCAGCCUGGGUCUUACUUCUGUCAGUGUCCACAAGGGUUUACAGGCCAGGACUGUGAAACAGAGCUGGAUGGCUGUGGGUCGAACCCCUGUUUAAAUGGUGGAGUUUGCAAAGGGCACAGAGGGAGCUACCUGUGUCUCUGCAAAGAGGGCUUCAUGGGAGAGGCCUGCCAAACAGCGGAGGACCCCUGCUCACUGCAGCCUUGUGGAAGCCGAGGGUACUGCCGCAGUGACAAGAGCGGGCAGUACAUCUGCACCUGUAAAGUAGGACACACUGGGAGGGACUGUGAAAAAGAGCUAAUGCCCCCGGCAGCCCUGCAGGUGGUGAGGGUGGAGGAGGGAGAGGUGGAGGUGAGCUGGCGCUCACCGGACGCCCCCCAGGAGCUGAUUGACGGCUUUGCUGUCACCUACACACCCAUAGGGGGCGGCGAUCGCAAGACCGACUACCUGGACAAGCAGCGUUCUACCCACCUGCUGCGCUCGCUGGCACCCGGGCGUCUCUACAACAUCACAGCCUUCUCCGUGAAGCGCAACGCCAACAACAACGACAUCAGCCAGCCCGUGCUCACCAUCGUACGCACCAGGCCACGCAAAGUAGAGGACUUCCACGUAGCCAACGUGUCCACGUCCCGCGUGUGGCUGAAAUGGGCGCUCCACAGCAACAGACACACCACGGUCAGCAGGGUGCGUGUCUCACUGCACUCCUCCCACAGUGCAGAGAACAUCACAGUGCUGCUGAACACCAACACCACAGAGCACAGCUUCGGAUCCCUGCUCCCCGGGGAGAUGUACACUGUGGACAUUGUGACUCAGAGCGGGCUGAAGCCAGAGGAACUGCCGACUGUGAGCCAAUCAGUAGGGCCGAUUCGCCUGUGGACCCGGCCCCUCGCCCCUCUGAACAUGUCAUUGUCCUUCAUUACCGCGACAACGGCACAGAUAACUUGGGAGCGACCUCUGAUUGGCUCCCUGGAUGGCUACGUGAUCAACGUCACGUCCAGCCGCACCACGAAGAGCCGCUACCUGCCGAACGGGAAGAUGAGCUCCUACACUGUGCGUGAGCUGUCCCCGGGCCUGCAGUACCGCCUGUCCCUCACUGCCGUGCGCAGUACUGACCACGAGCAGCUGCACAGCGACCCGCUCCGUCUCAACAUCACCACCAUGCUGUCAGAUGAAAGGUCUGGCAGGAGAGAGAGUGCUGGGUCUGUGGGUCGAGGUCCCCAGGUGGUGAGCGGCCGAGCCCCCAGCAGCCGUCCUCUUCCCACAGUCCAGCUCGACAGGGAGAACUUUGACGAGAUCCCCAGAUACACUGAGCUGAUUGACGGCCGGGGAAGAAUCACUGCCAAGUUUAGCAACCUACAGAACAAGGCUAUCACACACCGUGCACGACCCGAGUCUCCAAUCAAGUUAGAGAACAUAGAGGAGACAACCAAUAAAAUCAGCCUGGCCCUCGAGAUCCCAGAGGCGGAGAACAGAAAGACAGAGGAGCAGACGGGCUGCAAGUCAAACCUGUGUCGAAACGGAGGGACAUGUGUUAAAGGACCAGACUCCUACCUGUGUGAAUGCAAUGUGGGCUUUAAAGGAAAGCACUGUGAGCUAUUCUGUCAGAGAGUUCCCCACCCCUGUACACGACUCUACUCCGAAACAAAGACCAUCCCAGUCUGGGAGGGGGGGGUUUGCCAUUACUUGUAUAAACGGACCUAUAAGGUUCAUCAGGACAUUUGUUACAGGGAAAUCUGUGAGCCGCUUUUACAGAAGAAACCUCCAAGAGACAGACGAUUGUAUAGGCACAAGUGAGUGGUUGGAAGGAGCAUUUAACAAGAUAAAGAUGGGGGGGUCUGGGAUUCCUUGGCAACCGGUUCUGUUUCCCUAGCAACCUUUCCCCUCCCAAUUACAUACACUGUAAUCUCUCUGAGCUAUUCAACUGGAAUCCAAAGUUCCAACACAAAAACAUUUCUAUAGGAGAGGCACAGCUAUCAUCUGUACACCCCUUACACAUCUACCAGCUUCAAGAGGCAAACUAUAACGACAGCCUCCAAUAACCCACAAAACUCACAACCUGCUGUUCUUUACACUGCAGGUUAUUUCUCCAGCACUUCUGAAGGUCUAAUUUCACAUCCUUUCAUGUCAUUUCCUUGCUUUCCUUGCCAGCUUUUUUAUACCUGAGAUUUUCAACCUUCUCAAACGUAAUUCAUAGACUGGGACAUUCAGUCUCCUGAAAUGGAGGCACAGAAGAAUACUUCAUAAAUGAAUAAAUCAGUAGCAAUGACAGAUGGUUAUCAGGGACCAACAGUGCCUCAAAUCCAGAAUUACUGCGAGAAGGCACGUUAUUCUUGUCUGAUAUUGAAUGGGAGUUUUUAAGCUUUAGUUCUGGGUAAGAUGACAACCCCCAACGCUCAACGCACCCCUCUACCAAUUUACCAGUACAUUAUAAACAUAUCCCAGUGAUAUAGCUUUGCUUUUGUUCUAUUGGGACCCUCCACCCCCUACCACCAUUGCAGCUAGACCUUGUUCUAAGAUACCCUUAGUCAAACAGAUUGAAGUUUAUUAAACACAAUCCGUUCAAUAAAAUAUUUUUUGUUAUUGCGGGGGUGGCCUUAACAAUAUAGAAGUUACAAUAUGUGUUUUUUGACUUCAGAACCAUAUAGUUGCUUGGUCUUUAAGGCUUCAAAACAGCGAGGCAGUGCCAUUCCAAUGGUUGGAGCCAUGGACUGGAUGCCAGGCUAUCUUGGAUUCAGACCCCUGCUUAGGCAUUAUGUGACCCAGGGCCCAAGUCACUUAACCUCCAUGCUUCAAUCCCAGAAACUCCCCCAAAACAGUAGGGCCCAUUUUAAUUAUAUGAAAGGUAUAUUUGUAUUUGUAUAUCUCAGUUGAACUCUGUCACUUAACCAGAUCCCUGAGCUAAUCUUUCUCUGCUAGCGACUUUGUAAAUAGUGUUUAUAGGAUGCUUUUUUUUUUUUUUUGUAGGUGAAUAUUUUAAUUACAAAUAGUCAUUUUUAUUUCUUUUUUCUGUAUGCAUAUUUUAAUCAGGAAAUAUCUAAAGUGUAAGUUGGAUGAUUUUUUUUUUUUUUGGUAUAUCACAUUAUUAUUUUAUUUCCAAAUUGGAAAUCAAUUUUCCUGUAGAUAUGUCUAGACAGAUGGAGUGAUGGGCACAGGUCACCUACUGAGUGGCACUGUUCUGUGUCUAUGGAAACCAGUUUCCUCAGCUUUCCUGACAUCAUGAGAUUGAUGGAAAGAGAGCUUCAGAGAGGUGCCACGUGGCUCUUUUCUGGCCUUUUCAGCAAAAUCCUAAACAGUGACAGAACUCUGUUCUGUAAAGUCCUGACAAAAAUAAAACAAACAAAGGCCCUGUCCACACUACAUAACCAAUCUCGAGAACCGUACUCAAAAACGUUUUAAUGAAUCCAGCUCAAAGCGUCCACACUAAAGUACCGUACAAGCAGCCUCAGAAACUAUACGGUACAGCAGUAUUGACAGUUGUUCUCAACUUUAGGCACCUGUUCUUAGGACUGUAUUUGUAAUGUCCGUGAGGCAAAACAUAUCAGAAAGCAUUUUGGGAUAUUGGAGGAUACACAAAAAAUGUAUUUCAGUAUUAGAGCGUCCACACUUCUGACAAACUGCAGUACCUGAUCUAAUUUAGAACCAGACUGGAGACUACCCCUACAGGUCGUAAAGCAGUGCUAUGCCUUGUGAACUAUACAGUUGUGCAGGAGAAAUUCAGAGGGCUUUUUUUAAAAACAAGUUGAUUCCCUGCUUCCCUACUUUAAAGUAGAAAAAAGAUCUGAGUCAAUAGGUUAUAAGAUGUUCUCCAUGGAUAGCAUGAAGAUCUCAAUACAUUUGUGUUCUCAAUGGAAGACAUCUUCCAAUCCCAGCUGUCAUGCCGUUUUGUCCUGACGUUCAAACCAAGUUUCAAGUACAGUUCUACAUAAAAGAGCAAGGCAACCACCAAACCGAGGAAGGGGAUAUUGUCAACUACAGUAUCAACUGAUUUAAAAUUCGAAGAGUCUUCCAGAAAUGUAUUUUCUCUUUUUUGGACCAAAAUACUUGACAUUCCUUUGUUAGUGCAGGACUAGUGCAUGGAGAGAAGCAAAGCAAAUCCACCAGAGACUGCUUUCCAUUGGCUUCAACCUCCAGUGGUCCUUCAGCUUCCUUCAGCUUGGGAAAGCAAACUGGACUGGGUGUAGAAUGGAUUCAAAGUGAUCAGAGCUUCCAAUCUGCAUUCCUUCCACAACCCAACAGCACCACCUGCAAGGGACCGAAGGAUGAAUUAACCUGUAAAUUGUUACUUGGAAAUGUGAUUUUAAUGAGAAAUAAAUGUACAGAAUGGUGUAA